AUGUCUUCGUCGUCGAGCGAUCGGCCGCCAAAAGGGGCAGAUAAUUAUGGUGGCGACGCCAGUCGCAACUUUAAUGAAAGCGACUAUGAGGCGUUCAAGAUAUUUGCUGGAGGUUUGAACCGCAGCACCACCGCAGAAACUUUAAGAGACCACUUUGGACAAUACGGUACCGUAGUCCAUUCAGAAAUUGUAGCCGAUAAAACUACCGGCCGUUCUCGUGGGUUCGGUUUUGUGACCUUUAGCAAUGAUGCGGCGUUGAAGUCCGUUUUGGCUACCAGCCACAAAAUUGACAACGUAGUUGUUGACGUAAAGCAAGCAAUAAAGAAAGAACGUGCUCGUGAUUUGGUUCCGACACGUGAGGACGUGAACCGUAUAUUCGUUGGCGGUAUCUCUGAUACCGUAACCGAAGAGGAGUUUAAAGAGUACUUCGAGAAGUUUGGUCCCGUAAUGAACUACAACUUUAUAGUAGACAAAGCGACGAACAAGCCGCGUGGAUUCGGUUUCAUAAUUUACGAAAACCCAAGUGAUGUUGACAAAGCAAUUGGUCAUCACACCAAACUGGGGCGCAACUGCGAGGCAAAAAAAGCACAGCCACGCCCCGCUCUAGCCAAGGGUAUGAUGCACCCGGGACACGAUAACUUUGACUACGCCGCGUAUUACUAUGCGCAAGCAAAUAUGAUGUACAACCCUUAUUUCGCGCAAAUGUACGCGAAUGGCCAGAUGCCUUUUUUCAAUCCAAUGUACCCAUACAACUGGCAAGGUGAAGAGAAUGGCGGUGACGAGAUUCCUAGUGGUAGAGGUGGAGGAGAAGACGAACAACGUAGCGGUAGGGAUAAGCGGUAUCACAAGUCAUCCGAUCACUAUUCAAACGGGCCAUCUCGCGGUAAUCACCGCAAGAUCCCCCGUACAGAGCCGUAUUAG